AUGGACAACCACGAUCAUUGUGUCUUGAUUUCCUCUCGACGAGGCACCUAUGAUCGCAAGGCCUUUCGAAAAGGCUCCUCUAAUUCCGACAAGGAGUCUCCAAACCAUCAGAAAGUCAAGCAACAGGAGCAGUGCAAGGCACAUAUUACCAUGCAAGGCAGUGCUUCGAAUAUCGAUUUCUCCCCAUCCGAGACUUCGCAGAAUGCCCCCAUAAACCCCACUAUCAGAACCGCAUCAAAUACCAGCAAUGCUCCGGAAACCCGGUCAGUCACUGCCCAGUUUGAAGACUAUCUGGCUUGGCAGACUGAAAGAAAUCAGAGGCAACAUAAACCAAUCCUCCUUGGGGAGCCGUCCCCGUUGACUUUUGCUCUGGAAGACUCACCGCAGAAAUCAAGUCCUUCACUUCAUGCUGCCAGUGAGCAUAUUCGAGACAGUUCAAAUCUCGAAGUCAUUCGACAGGACAUCCAUCCACCACAUCUAGACGCAGCGGAUAUCGCGUACCUCGAAUCUAAGGGGUGCUUUACCUUGCCCCCGGAACGAAUGCUAAGUGAUCUAUUAAAGGCCUACUUUACUCGUUUCCAUCCACUCUACUCGAUCGUGAAUACGCAAGAGGUUGAAAACUGCCACCGAGAGAAAAGGCUUCCUUGGAUUUUGCUGCACACCAUCUGCUUUAUCGGGGCUACCUUUUGUGAUCUGGCCGUGAUCCAUCGGUCUGAAUUCGCAUCGAGGCUGGACGCCCGUCGCUACUUCUAUCAUAAGGCGACGGCUUUGUUCAACAUUGGCUACGAUCGGGACAAGUUCAUCCUUCUUCAGGCCACGAUUAUGCUCAGCUUCUGGGGGCCUGAAAUGCAGAGCUACUGGAAUUCGUGUUCAUGGGUUGGGUUCGCUGUUACCUUUGCCAUCUCGCUAGGCAUUCAUCGCCCAGUUGCUUCGUCAAAUGUGCCUCAUACACACAAAAGCCUCUUGCGAAGACUCUGGUGGACACUAGUUGUUCGUGACUCGUGUUGCUCGGUGCUCCUUGGUCGGCCUUUUCAGAUCAAUCUGAGUCAGAGUGACACUGGGAUGCUAACCGCAGACGACUUCACCCACGAGAGCCCAGAGAGUGCAUUCUACCAAACCCAGGUCUCAAGGCUGUCGAAAAUUCUACGAGACAUUAUGCAAGUUCGCGUAGGGCCAGCAAAUCAUGAUCUCACCCGGGAGACUGUCCAUUCGCAACUAGAUGAGUGGCAUCUGGACUUUCGACUCUCGCUCAAUCAAUGGACCGGCGAUGUGUCGCCUCCUUUCGCAUGUUCUACGGGACUAGAGCUCCUAUACCACUAUUAUAUAAUCCUUCUAUACAUCGAUAGUCCGUCCUUCAGCCAGCCGGGACCCAUCCAACAGGACCUCGUCUAUUUUUCCGCUAGAACCAUCUCUUCAAACGCCAUCACCCUCUUGACUAAAACAACUGUUUGCGCGCUCCCCCAUGAGUUAUUUGUCGGAUUCUUUGUCGCUGGUAUUGUCCUCUACCGCCUAAUGGAGCACGCGGAGGACUCCGUCGCCCAGAUGGCACAGGCCAGCCUGGAUAAUUGUCGGGUCAUACUAAAUGAGAUCCAGGAAGCGUGGGGUCCGGGUCACUGGGCAAUGCAAGUAUUCGAUUUUCUUUGUCUAAAUCGCAAUGAAAAUACCAGAUCGCCUACCAAUACUGGUGAUAUACAGCAAGAUAGAUCAGCCCCUGGCCAUCGAUUAGACUUGCUAGGAAGAGGAAGCGAGGACCGCGGCGCGUUUGGUCAUCUAGACGAUAAUGAUAUUCUGUUAGGUUCGAACUGGGACCCGAUGAUUCGUGAAGAUUUCACGGAAGACAUGGAAAACCACUUGUUUUUACCGAACAUUUUGCCGUUGAAUGCGGACGGGUGGUCUUUUUUUCAACCCCAUAUGUAUUAG